CCGGAGCCUUGAUGAUGACGCUGGUUGCGUUUCGGGCCGUCAACUACGUGGAUGAGCACAGCCGCUCUCUGGCCCUUCAGAACCGUGCGCUGACCAUCUCGUCCAAACGGCCCUCCGCUUCCCUGGCCGAGUCGUCCGGUGUCAAGACCUACUACCGACAGUGCGACGCCCUCAUCAAAACCACACAAGAGAAGCCUCUCGACGCCUGCACCCUCUUCAGCCUCGGCUCAGGUCGGCUAGCUGGCAAACAACGGCCGGCUACUGCAAUGGGUGUGGCCACCGUGUGUGUGCGGUCCUUCCUUCCAUUCUGAGCAGGCAAAACCACCACUACGGAUGGUUUCCUCUUUGGCGGUGGUGUUCUGGCGUGUGCGAAGGCCACCCAUGGCGAUGCCCAGAAGCCGGCCCCUCCUGCGAGCACCUGCAGCUUCGACGAGGCGGGCGAACCCCUGCUGACCAUCGACGAAGCUGGUACAGUAGGAUCAUCAUGGUGGCACGCGCGAAGGUGCAGGGGAUUGUAUGUGUGCGUGUAUGUGGUGUCCGUCUGCCUUUUGCAAUGGAUGUGGAAGUGCCGCUGUUGAGGUGGGAUGAUUCGCCUGCCAUGGCGGCAGAUGACCUCCGUGAAGGCAUCUAUGCCGCCAAGUGUGUGGACGACACCUAUCACGGCAGAAGCAGCGGCCCGUCGGGCAGCUCAGAGAUCGCACUCGCGCUCGAGGGGGUGGACAUGUCCAAAGAAUACACGAUCCAGGUGUGUUUGCAGUGGGUGGAAGUGCCGCACUCACACCGGUGGGUGCAUGGGCCGCGUCGUGUACCGCGUUGUGCCCUUCAGAGUCUGAAGGACGAGGCAUCGACGGCUGAUAAGACCAUCUAUGGCGACGAAAGCCUGCCUGAAGGUCAUCAAUCAAUCACCCACACGAGCACCAAGACGCCCCACACUUCUAGCACGAUUUUGCCGGUCCGUGCGUCAAUCAGGUGAGUAUGUGGAUGCGGGGUGGAUUGAGCUGCCCGAGCCCGUCUUCCCCUCCUUCACCACCCCCGACAUGCCGGCCGCCACCCACCAUGACCACGAUCAGCUCCUGGGCGGCCCUACACACAUGCUGCAGCUGGUGAGCGCGAUGUACCAGUCGGUGAGUCGGGACAUCGCAUUGGGCGAGGGGCCGGCGGAGUGUACGGUGGACGACCUGAAUCUCAAGGACCUGUGUGCCAAGGUGCGGAGGGGAGGGGGGCGCAUGUGCGUGGAUGAGAGAAGCAGAGCGUUGGUUGGUCUCCUUGUGGCUGUAUUGUGUGGUAUGCAGGCUGUGGGUGUGGGCAAGACGGUGGUUGACGUCCUGCUGCAUGAGCAGCUCCGAUGUGGGGCAUCGUCGUCAGAGGACGUGUCUCGCUCAGAUGACCUCAGCACUGCUGCAGAGGAAUGGGGCGCCCUCUUUGACGCAGAAGGUCAGCUGUCAUCAUCGCGUGUGAGGGAUGGAUGGAUGGAUAGAUAGAUGUCUCAUUCCUUCAUAUCAUCAGAUGACAUCUCUGCGUUUGAGAUGCCCUGUGAGGAGAAGGUGGCGGCCACAUCAUUCCUGUGCGAGACUGUCUUCACAGCCACUGAGGUGCGGUAUCCUCCUCCCCUCCCUGGUGCGCUUAUGCGUGGGUGUUCUCUCUUUUCUGUGUGUCCAGGAGCUGAAUGAGCUAUGGGCGCCGCGCGACAUCGGUAUCGCAGCCAUGGGUUUCGACGAUGGUGCGCCCCCACCACACUACACCACCCCCGAGCGUCAGAACCCUGUGCUGCUUGUGUGUGUACGCCAUGCAGUAUUUCGCCAGCAGAUGGCUGUCGCCAGCUGUGUCGGUCCAGAGGAGCGCAAGCACCGCGGGGAGAACGAAAAGGAGCUCAACUUCAUGUCGGCAUUCAGGUCAGCCAGCACGUAUGGCACCCGCACACACAAGCUUCAUUCCUGGUUUGGUGCAUUGCUGCAGGCCCCGCUUCCUCGAGUCCUUGACCGACUUGGCCAGUGUGGCAUUCCUCGUCUCAGGUACACACACAUGAGUACACAGCCACCAGCAACGAGCGAGCAGCCGGUAGAUAUGUAUUGUGUGGCCGCCCUCCCUCCCUCCUUCCCUCCCUCCUUCAUGUGUUCAGAGCGUCGUCGCUUGGAUUUCGACCUGCCGGUGCCCGACAGCCUCAAGCCGAUGCCCUCACGAUUCGCUGACCCCAUCGAACGCAUGAAAAAGGGCGAGAGGGGGUGAACAGCUAAACAAGAGAGAGGCACACACCCAAACACGGACACGUAUACUACAUUGGGGGUGCUUCCUUGGUGCAGUUCGUUGCGUGAGAAGGCGCUUCCCCUGUGGUCGUUUGCCGAUAUCAAGGACUACGUCUACACCUCACUGCUCAAGACACACUCGUCAAUACUCAAGGUGGGUGUGGGUGGGCCAGCCGACCCAGGCGUGCGUCUCUUCGUCUAUGGCUGUCUGGUUUGUGUGCCAUGCAGGUGCCAUCUCUCAGCCGCCCGUUGCAUCUCGAGUUUCUCCGCCUCACCGCGCCCCAAACACCCACUUCUGCGUAUGCAGCCAUACACACACAUGACACGUGCACUGACUGACAUGAGUCCACACAAGGUGUCCUUGCGUGUCAGUGCCGCUGCUGACCCUCCAGCUGACGUGUUGGACGAGGCUAUUCCCUCGGUGGAUGGUAAGACAAUGCCCAAACACUCACUGUAGCGAGCCGUCUACGCGUAUCUCCUGGCUGUCCAUUUGUGUGCUUCAGGAUGCGUGUGGGACGAGAGCAUCGAGGUCGCCCGACCGCCCUGCGCAUUCAGUGUCUUCCAGCCACAGGCGCCCAACCAGCCCUCUCGCAAGCGCAAGUCCGAGGAGCCCCCGCCGGACGUCACCGAGGCAUCCGCCGAGGCAGCCCCGCCGCCCAUCCAAUUGCUACCGGAGACUCACAUGCAGGUGCAGGCGCAGGAGAAUCCUUCCACCUCGACCCUUCCUCCAAACGAGUUGGCGACCGACGUGGCCCCUGUUCGCAUCCACAACGCCCCCUCACGUGCCGGCGGGCUGGAUGAGGUAUGACGUCGUCAGAAAGGCACACAAGAGCAAGGGAGGGAAGGGUAGCAUCUUUUGCUGCUGCUGCUGUGUCGUUGGUCUGUGUGUUUGCCGGGGUGACAGUUCAUGGAGUUGAGGGGUCGCAAGUCGGUGAGUGCGGUUCAGAGGCAGGACGGAGACGAGGAGUCGCCACACUCGGUGGCCGAGAGAAUCGCACGCGGUGAGCAAAUGGACAGACAGAACCACACAGACAGACCUACCGGACGGAGGGAAUCACGGCACCCUUUCUUUGUGACGUGUCUAUCUGUGCAGGUCUGCGUCGAGGUCAGGUUCACUGGUGUUCGGAUGGUGACGACUUUUGGGCGUUGGAGGGCCUCGUCGACUCGUCCAUCAAACAGCUGUGGCGACACACCAUGGAGGCCACACAAGGUGGCCGGGCCCAUCAUCGAUGCGCGAGACAUCACAUCAUUCACACCACACCCACCACAACAUGCGUCCGUCCACUGACAUCUGUUGUGUGCAGAGGAGUACCUCGGCCUCCCGCCGCCCGAUCUGUCGGGUGUUGACUCCCUCCUCAGCAAGUGCGAAAAGGCCAUACGCGAACUGCACGAGGUAAGGUACCUGGGCGGCUGGCAUCCAACCAGCGAGACACCCAUCUCAUGACGGUGUCUCCCUCCCACUCCCUGCCGGGAUGGAUUGCCUGCAGGUGUGUGUGGGCGACGGUGGAUCUGCGUCAGAGGAGACCAAGAAGCAGCUGGUGUUGUGCAGCGAGGUCUAUCGCACUCUCACGGCGCUGUGGACGCUCGUUGCCAUUCACGACAAACUCACGGACGCGGGCGUGUCAGAGGUCAGCCAGCCAGCCAGCCAGCAUAUACCUCUUCUGCAGAUGGAUUCGUGUUUGUCCAGGCUGUGGCGUUUGCGUCAGUGGUGUACUUGGACGGUGCCUAUCACGAGAUCCUCUCUGCCAACGUGUUGGUGAUGGACGCACUUCGCGCCCUCUUCAGCUACCGCGAGCUCUCCUUCCCACCCAAACCCGUCACAGAACCUGAACACCUCUCCGAACGCGUCAGUGUGCCCACCACACACACCAACGAAACGACAAAUGGGAUUCGGUGGUGGUGUUUUGUUGUCAGAAUGAUCGCGACAAUGCGCUGGUGUGCAGUGGGCUGCCCUAUGUGCCGUCGCCGACCGAGGCCUAUCUCGCCAAGACCGACUCGCCCAAACUGCAGGGGGUGGCGAAGCUCUGCGAGAAAUACCCACGGGUGCUCGUCGUAUUCUCCUCUGAAAAGGUCGCCACACGUGGAUUAUUGGCAGCAUAGCAUGUCUGUCUCUGUCUGUGUGUGUGGUGGGUGCCACUGGGUGGUGUGCCGUUGCGUGCAGGUGAUGGAUGUGGUGGUGUCUGUGAUGAAGCGUCGGUUCGACAGCAAGAUGGACGUGAUGCGGCCCACACUCCCCACACCCAGGAGAAUCGCAAUGCUCACGACCUCAUCCAAAAUCGCCAUCCACGAGGCGUGUUUCUUCAAGACUCUCCCGGCGGCCUCGGGGAGCCGUGCAGCACUGGAACCUGCCUUCGAGAUACCACCCUCCUUCGUAAGCCACCCAACUCACCCAAUGCGACAGAGAGAGAGAGACAAGAACGUCUUUGUUUGUGUGUGUGUGUGCUGGCAGGUCGUGGUGAGCUACCAGUCGCUCAACAUCAUCUCACAUGGUCGACCAGAGAGCACUCACUCGACGCACAUGAUAUGCCGUCACUCACCCUCAUAGACGGGUUUGCCGAUGGAUGAAUGUAGGGGACCUUCUGACGGACGCCAUUCACAUCUUCCUGUCGGUGCCACCGCCCACAGAGACACAACAACAGCAUGAUGAGCCCAAACAGACGGCGGACGGCAAGGCCGCACAGCCGCCGUAAGCGACCAGACUACACAAACACAAAAUUUAAAGGGGGCCUGCCUUGUCACCCGGUCCGUGUCGUCAGGCGUACGACCAUCUUUGCCAGCAUGCAGCUCAUCCAGUGGCAAGGUCAGUCAGUCCACACACGCAGAGCCUCGUGCACGUAAGGAGUGCGUUAACGAAGGAAUGCCUCUGUGUGUGUGUGUGUGUAGACUUCCUGCUGCGGUUGCGUGUGAAGCAUGCGAUAGAGUGUGAGGAGAGGGAGCAGCUCGCCUUCGCCGAGGCGGACCUCGUGCUCGGUAGGCCCACCCAGACACACACAUAACACCUCCAUCCAUCCAUCCACCCGCUGCUCAUCCAUCCAUCAGAUCACGAGACGUGUGUGUUGUUUGUGGACAUCGAGCGGUCGACCGACGAGAGCAUACAGUCGGCACUCAGACAACUCGUCGACCUGCAGCUGUCCUUCCAACAGGUAUGUGGGGGACUUAGUGAGGGAGUGAGUGGGUUGGCCAGCGAGACACAAGGGACACACCCUCCCUCCCUCUGCCCCAUGUCUUGUGUGCCUGUGUGUGCAUGUCAUGGAUGCAGGUGGUGGUGGUCUUGUUCGGUAAUUGGGAGCUGGCCAAAUCCAGCCACCAGGACCACUUCCUCGCAACCAUCUCACGACUACCACGGUCGGUGACCAUCUCAUACACACACACACUGUCUCUGUCUGGUGUUGCGGACAUAAAUGUGUUCAUCUCUGCAGGCCGUGCGCGAUUCGAUUUGCGAAGACACUGGACCAGGCGGCCGACUGUGUCAGCUGGUAACCAAAGAAAUGAUCCGAUGUGGCCACCCGCCCAACAACCAAAACAUGGAGAUGUCUGCAAAUGGGUGGGUGGCUGCAGUGAGCUUCGUCGCGUGGAGAGUAUCUGGUCUAAGCGUGGGGAGGGGGACAUCUGGCGGCAGCUGCGCACAUUUACACAGCGCAAAGAGACCAACCUCGAAAACGCCAUGGCCAUCUUACCAGGUACUUACACCGGCUGCGAGCCAACAAAGCUUCCCCUCAAACACCAAACCAACUCUUUGUGGUGUGGUGUGGUGUGCUGUAAUGUGGUCUGCUGUGGUGUGGUGUGUAUCAUCAGGCCACAAUUGUUUCAACGCGUUGUUGGCACUGAACGCCAUGUCUGCCGAGCGCAUGCCGCUGGGGGAGAUCAUGUCCUACGACCGUGACAGCCUCGCACGGCUCUUCCCGUGGCUCGAUGAAUUCGCUGUCGACGCAUGCCUCGUACAGACAUCACAUCAUCAUAGCCCACGCCCCCACAUACUCUCCCUAAGGCCUCUGUUCUCUGGUGGUGUGCUGCAGGCGACUUUCACGAAGAGCAUGGGUCUGGAGGUGGUGCCCUCGACAGCUAUCCAGGACGACCUGCCAGCAGCAGCUGCAGCUGCAGCAACGGCAGUGGCAACAGACGACAUUGAGAUCGAGGGUGUGGGAGGGUUUGCCGAGGGCCUCCCCAUGCACGGUCGCCCCCUGACGUCGAUGCCGCACGAGUACAUGCCCGGACCUGUACCUGGCCAGCCUCACCCCGCCAACCACCCCCACGCCCCUGCUGCAUCCGAGUCUGAGCCCUACAACGAGGCCUCCUACCUUUUCCCACCUCGACAGAUGCCUCCCACACACACGCGAGAGCCCCCCACAUCUGAACCAAUGGGUGGGCGGCCGAUGAUACAAUCUCGCCCACUUGCUGUGAGUGUCUCGUUCGUUCAGCGUUUUCCGGUCUGCUUGGGACGUCGGUCGACUUCCCAUCCCCCAGGCCGAUACCCCCGAUGCAGCACGACGAGUACAGCCAACCAGCCGAACAGCGUGGCAACCCCUUCCACGCCACCAACCCAUUCGACGGCGAAUUGCCGCCCGGCUGGUAUGAGAUCCCGGAGGAGCCUGGGACCUACGUGAACUGGCCAGUUUCGUCUGCUCUCGUCGACCACUGGCCCCACAAGCAGCAGCAGCAGCGCAGCAGGGCUGCAAGUGUGGCCAGCCUGGGGGGGCCUGGCGCGUCCAGCAUGACGAUUGUUGACAAGCAGCAGCGGCAGGCGCCGUUCUGGGAGGCGCCGGGGCGGUCCUUCAUGUCAUCCAUGCAGCCCGCUCGCCCUCAGCUGGAUGCACACAUGCCCUCCCUUUACCCGUCGGACUCAUCGCAGUACUACCCCAAUCACAAUCUUCCCCCGCAGCCCCCGGCCACCGACCCUCUGCCACACACCUCACCCGCACACGCAAACCCACACAUCAACCCACGGUGGGUGGAUGGACCAGAGAUAAAUGCACCUCUCUCUCUCUCUGUCAACACACGUCUCUCUCUCUCUCUCUCUAUGUGUGUGUGUGUGUGUGUGUGUGUGCGUGUGGUCGUCAGGUUCCAGCAGGCUGACGUGUACAGCCCCCCUUCCAGGCGUGUGAGGCCAUCGUACCACUACCAGCCGUACCAGUCAUACCAGUACCAGCAGCAGCGGCAGCAGCAGCCCCCUCACUCAUCGCGCGAGUACAGUGUGAUGCAUAACAUGGCUGCUGACGGCAGUGAGGACGGGCACGUGUGCGACAAGAUGCAGCGGUAUGCAUCGACAGUGGUGGGGGGCGGCGGGGGACGGCACACAUACGACACACAGCCACCCCAAUACGGCAGCGGUGAGACAGACAUGUCGAUUGGCGUGGGUGACCCCUUCAGACGAUUGCCCUUUUGUGUUGUCCUUGUUUCCUUGUUUUGUGUGUGUUUCAGGUGGGGGGGACUUCGUGUACGGUGGCCAAUUUGCUGAGUAUGAGAAUCCCGUCGACCACUGGCCCCACCACCACCCCCACCAUCAGCAGCAGCAGCAGUACCAGCAGCAGUACCAGCAGCGGCAUGCCCACGAAGGUGCGGAGAAACCCACUGCAACCAAUCAUAAGUGCCUCGCUGCUGAUGAUGUAUGUGUCCUCUGUGUCCUUGGCAGCCCGCACGCCGUUCAAGCGAGGCCGCACACCAGCCCGCAACAUCCGCAUCAUGCAAGUCGACGGUAGACCAACCCCCCCCACCCCCACCCCCCAACACCAAAGGACCCAUGGCGCUGCACCUUCAGCCCUUGUCUGUCCGUCCAUUCACACACAGGUAUGGAUGCAUAUUUGCGUGAGCACAAGCCCGCCAUGAGCAGCCACGGCCGCAUGUCCACGUCUGAUGCACACCCCCAGCCAUCCCCCGGCCGCCCAGCUGACGUUGACUUCAGCGACUUCUCCUACCAGGGCAACUCGACCAAACCGGCCAGCAAGACGCCAGCCACGGCCGGGCGGCCACGGGCGUUCGUGCGCUUCUCCAAGACACCCGGAAAGUGAGAGAAGACGUGCAGGUCCCCGUAUGCUCGAUUCAUUGAUGGUGUGUGUGUGUGUGUGUGUGGUUAGGCGGCAGACGAAGUUGUACUUGCAGCCGGUGCGGUGAACCCUCUCGCAUCACUCAUGGCGUUUCAGGGCGUGGCGUGGCGUGGUGUGCUUCGAUGAGGAACCCGAUGUCCGUGUCCUUUCAUGUCAGUGCACAUCCAGGUGCACCCAUCAUGACCAUCUGUGACCGACUCGCAAGUCAUCGACCGACGAAACGAUGAGUGAGUGAGUGGAAUACGUGUGUCUGUGUGUAUGUGUGUGCCUGUCUCUUGGUAUUGCGCGUGUCCUUGCCCACUCGUCACUCUAGUACCACAUGCCACAGACAUCAGAAAAAGAACCACGCACAUAGACACUGGGGGACGGCAAGAGCGAAGUGCAGUCAGUCAGUCAGUCGGCCGGCCGGCGCACACGCACAAUACAACGGCACACCAGGCAUGUGACCACGGCCGGCAGUGAGUCGAUGCCUCGCCUCUCUG